GUUAAAAAAUAUCGUACUCUACAUUUCGAGUUGGCUGCACAAAGAAGAUUGCUGAUAAUAUAAUGAUAAUCGGCUUUUAAAUAGAUGUUUUGUACAGGCUGAAGUUUCGCUUGUCUCUCCAUGUGGAUUUUCGGCUAUGGAUCUUUGCUUUGGAAUCCCAAUUUUCCCUAUGUUCAGAAAAUUCCUGGUGUCGUCGAGGGAUAUGCUCGUCGAUUCUGGCAGCUGAGUCCAGAUCAUCGCGGGACCCCUGAAAUGCCUGGUCGCACGGUCACUCUGGUACCGGAUGAGAAGUCGUACUGCUGGGGCUUAGCUUUCCAAGUGGCAAAGGAGCAUGUGGUGGCUACUAGAGAAUAUCUAGACGUUCGUGAGAAAGCCGGUUACUCGCUCAAGAAGAUGCUGUUUAGACCAGAUGAUGGAAGCAUUGAGCCAUUCGAGGUUGAGGCGUACAUGUCAUACGGUAAUGGCGAGCACCAUGCUGGACCAACUGAAUUGGAGAACAUUUGCCAAACGAUAGUUCAUAGCAAAGGACCAUCUGGUUCAAACAUAGAAUAUGCUCUGCUUCUUGCCGACAUACUACAUAAGCAGGCUCCUCAUGCUCCCGAUCAACACGUGUUUGAUGUGGAACGGAGAGUUCUUGAGUUAUGCAGUGCCACAGGCUUAGGAAAUGACAUACUUUCAAAAAUGGGAUACGAUAACCAAGGCAGCAAAAACGGGAGAUGACGACGUUUAUGCGCAUUGAGAUGUCGUCGUCAUAAGCCAGGUCAUUGUUAUUCUUCUCUUUUUCUACCUGUUGAUGCUUCCCGGAGUCAGCCGGAGGGGUGGCGCUGCUCAAACAGCGAUCGUCUGCGGGGAGCGGUCGCAUGAAUCACGCGCCCUCCGUCUCUUCGCUGUCGAUCGAUACUAUUUCUGCGACGGCAGGAUGUUGACGUUUAUGCUUUCCUUAUCUGAAUGUUUAUCAGAAUUUCCUUCGUUAUGCAUUUAAAUGAGCAUCCAUAGUUCUUUUUACCUAGUUUUCUUUUGGUAAUCCUAAAUUAAUCCAGACUUUCCAGUACGGCAUUAGUUCUCCCCUCUUCAAAAGUCUAACACUCUCUCAUUCAGUCACUUAUCAUCGCCAAAUUGCAACUAUUAUUUGAUAUGUUUGCUUAACUUGUAUGUAUCUUAUUCCAAUCAUUUAUUCACUUUUUUUAAAGUCUGAUUUAUGUGAUCAACGUAAGAUAUUGAUUCAGACAAAUUUUGGCCCUGCUCAUCUUCCACCACACUUUUCAUAGUUUGUUCUGCUACAUUGCAUUAAUGCAUUACGCAUUAAGUCAGCU